CCCGACCAGCCCGACUCGCCGCCUUCCUUUCAGAAGGAGAUUGGCUUCUGGUGGCAGGUCUAUCACCACCAGGGACUGAUGACCCGGCUGCAGCAGAUUCCAUGGCAGAAGCGGACCCCUCAGACCCCGCCGCUCUUCGCAUCGCACCCGAUGCACAACCCCAUUGGGCAGCUGGGUGGGUCCGAGGACGAGGGCAUGGCAAAGUUCCGAUGGCUCGAUGGCCGUCGGCUGAUCGAGACCAACCCGAACUGGGACCAGAACCUGGUCGUGGGCCGGUACUCGACCCCGCCCAUCUUCUCGGUCGUGCGGGUCGAGGCCCUGCGCUCGCUGCUGCCCCAGGAGCGGUUCAUUCUCGAGCAGGCCGCCCACAUCUCGACCCUGAGCCUCGUCAACUGCAGCUUCUCGACGCUCUCGGGCUGGCCAGACGAGCUGUCCAAUGUCGAGGCGCUGGACAUUGUCUUUUGUCUCUCGGCCUCGUUCGAUCCGCUCUGUUUCUCGCCCUGGGUCACCGUCGACAACAUGACCAGCUGUCGCGGACUCACGAUACCCGCCCCCGAUCUCCGUGGGAUGCCCUCGACCAUGGACAUUCUCAAGGAGUUGGAUCUGUCGCGCUGCGAACACAUCCAGAGCCUCGCUGGACUGCCUGCCUCGCUGCCGUCCCUCGAGACGCUGAUCCUGCCGCCGACCCUGACGACCCUCGAGGGCCUGCCGCCGGUCCUGGACUCGCUGCGGGAGCUGAACAUGCUCCAGUGCGAUCUCCUGGCCGACCUGCGGGGCAUGCCGCAGCGACUGCCCGCGUUGACUGAUCUCGAUCUCCCGCCGGCCCUGCGAUCCCUUGCCGGCAUCUCGCAGCACCUCGACGCCUUCGACGACCCCAACAUGCUGUUCAAGCUCGAGCAGCUGACGGACCUCAGCGGCUUCCCGAGCCGCAUGCCCGCCAUGAGGUCGCUUCUGAUCCCCUUUCACGAGCGCUUCGACAUUGGCUCGCUGCUCGUCCUGGCACAGACACACAUCCCGUACCUGUCGAAGCUGCACGUUCCCGCCCGUUUCGCCAGCAACAGAUCGUUCCAGUCGAUCGCAACGACGCUCGGACGAGCACAGCCGCAGACAGCCAUCAUCCUGUACUAAGCUCGCCGUGUCCAGGGAUGGGUGGCAGCGCGAGACCCGCCUGCUCUCUCCGGCGACGGACCUGAAAAUAUGCCCAACAUCACUGCUCCGUAUUGCUCGCGAAUCUAUACGCACGUGCUUAGGCCCUGACCACAGCCGCCAUGCACGGCACUUCGAGUGUGUUGAUGUUUAUUUGUUUUUACAGUGUUUUUCUUGGAUCUUUUUUUCUUUGCUCAUCUGGCAAAUCCCACCUCGCGGCCGUACCAUCCUCAUCGCCGAACUGCCGUCAAAUACAGACAAUUCAAUAAAUAGCAGG